UCUAGCCACCAUGGCAAUCUUCCUGCUGGUGGCGCUCUCCACCUCCCACGUCGCGUCCUCACUCCGCCCGAGUCUCGGUGUUUGCCGUGCAAGUGGCUAUCUUCCAGGAAAGUCGGGCAACUGUGAGAAGAGCAACGACCCGGACUGUUGUGAAGACGGCAAGAGAUACCCGCAGUACCACUGCUCGCCCCCGGUCACUGCAACCACCAAGGCCGUCUUGACGCUCAACAGCUUCGAGAAGGGCAAGGACGGUGGCGGCCCAUCGGAGUGUGACAACGCCUACCAUAGCGAUGAGGAGAUGGUCGUCGCGCUCUCCACCGGCUGGUUCAAGAACAUGGCCCGUUGCGGGCACCGUAUCAAGAUCACUGCCAAUGGCAACUCCGUGUAUGCCAAGGUGGUGGACGAAUGCGAUUCCGUGUAUGGCUGCGACGAGGACCACAACUAUGAGCCACCCUGUGCCAACAACAUCGUCGACGCGUCCCCGGCGGUGUGGAACGCAUUGGGGCUCGACCAGAACGUCGGCAUGGAAGGCAUCACCUGGUCUGACCAGUGA